AUGGAUGGAGCAAAUCAUUCCACAGUGUCAGAAUUUGUGUUCCUUGGACUCACCAAUAUCUGGGAGAUUCAACUUUUCCUCUUUGUGUUUACCUCCAUGCUUUAUAUGGCAAGUAUGGUGGGAAACUCUCUCAUUAUGCUCACUGUGAUUUAUGACCAUCACCUACAUUCUCCCAUGUAUGUUCUGUUGGCUAACCUCUCCUUCAUUGACCUGGGAAUUUCUUCUGUCACUUGUCCCAAAUUGAUUUAUGAUAUUUUCAGAAAACAUAAAGUCAUCUCCUUUGGAGGCUGCAUUACUCAAAUAUUCUUCAUCCACAUCAUUGGUGGUGCGGAGAUGGUGCUGCUCAUCGCCAUGGCCUUUGACAGAUAUGUGGCCAUAUGUAAGCCCCUGCACUACCUGACUAUCAUGAGCCCACGCAUGUGCAUCUUAUUUAUAGUGGCUGCCUGGAUGCUCGGCAUUAUCCACUCCGUGGCUCAAUUAGCAUUUGUUGUAAACUUACCUUUCUGUGGACCUAAUGUGCUGGACAGCUUCUACUGUGACCUUCCUCGGUUCAUCAAACUUGCUUGCACAGACACCUACCAAUUAGAGUUCAUGGUCACAGCAAUCAGUGGUUUCAUCUCAGUUGGCUCCUUCAUCAUACUGCUCAUUUCUUAUGUUGUCAUCAUUCUUACUGUCCAAAAGCACUCUUUGGGUAGUUCUUCCAAGGCUCUGUCCACACUUUCAGCUCACAUCAUGGUAGUAGUCUUUUUCUUUGGUCCAGUGAUAUUUUUCUAUGCAUGGCCAUUUCCUUCCCUACAUCUAGAUAAGUUUCUGGCCAUCUUUGAUGUUGCUCUCACGCCUUUUCUGAAUCCUAUGAUUUACACAUUCAGGAAUCAAGAAAUGAAGGUGGCAAUGAAGAGAGUACGUAGUCAGUUAGUGAAUUUUAGGAAGAUCUCCAAGUGA